AUUAAAGGUUUAUUGGUUGAAACAUACGGGGUUAAAAUCUUCCGGCCCAAACCCUCCAAUCAUAUCCAAUAAAACAUGAGCCCCCCUCCCCCCUUCCCUUUCGUAUCGUCUCGUUGUCUUCCAUGGUGUCUCAGAAACUAACAGAGUAUGAACGUAAAAGGCUUGAAAAUAUCAAGAGAAAUGCUGAAAUGGUGGCCGCACUCAAUAUCCGCUCAAAAGCAGCUAUUCUCUCUGCCGCUACCAAACGCCAAAAAACAAAACAAGUGAAGAAACCCAAAAUGGUGAACCCGAUCGUAACUCGACGGUCACCGAGAACAAGAGUUAAGCCACCGGAUUCAAAGGGUUUGUCCGAUAAGUUCCUAAAACCUAUUAGUAUGAUAGAUGCUUUCAUAGGAUAUGAAAAAGAAUCUAACCAAGUGCUGGUUGAUACAAUUUUGAGUAUUGCUGAGGAAACUCAAGCUGGAUUUCCAGAAAAUGAAGAGUUUAAUGGUGCUAAAGACGUUAAAGAUGGGAACUUUAGUGGUUUUAGUGAGAAAGGCACUUUGGAUUCUUGCAAAAGUGAGGCUUUUGAAUCACUAGUUAAAGAAGAGUUUGAUGAGCAUUUGGAUAAUAAGAAGAGUGAUCCCUGGCUGAAAUCAAUGGAUUUGAAACCAGAGAAUGUAGCAUGGCCAAUGCCCCGAAGGAUCAUGGAGGUUAAGUUUUUCCCUUGUACUGGUAUUCGUAUGAUUGCAGUGGGGAACAAAAUUGGGAAUAUAGCAUUUUUGAAUAUGGAUUCUGAGGAUGAAAUUGAUGAUGGAAUAUAUAUUUAUGGCCCGCAUACUGGUGCUAUUUCUGGGAUUUCGGUUCAAAGAUAUUCAAUGUCAAAGAUUUAUAGCAGCGGCCAUGAUGGCUUUAUUCGAUUAAUGGAUGCUGAGAAGGAAGUAUUUGAUGUGGUGCAUUAUUGUGAUAAAACUAUACAUUGCCUCUCUCAACAGCCAAAUGAUUUGUGGAGCUUAUAUUUCUCGGAGGGUCGUGGAGUGUUGAUUGAAUGGGAUGUUCGGACUGGGAAAUCCAGCGGAAACUGGAUGCUUCAUGAAGAUACUAUCAACACCAUAAGCUUCAAUCCACAAAACCCCAACAUUAUGGCAACCAGUUCAACAGAUGGAACUGCUUGCAUUUGGGAUUUAAGGAGCACGAGGUCUCAGAAACCGAAAACCAUGAAGACUGUGAGCCAUGGUAGGGCUGUUAACUCUGCUUACUUCUCACCCUCUGGAACCUCUCUUGCAACAACAAGUUUGGACAACAAUGUUGGUAUAACAAGUGGAUUCAAUUAUGAAGACACUUCUAUGAUAUACCAUGAUAAUUCAACAGGAACUUUGAAUCUUAGUUUCCGAGGUAUAUGGGGGUGGGAUGAUUCAUGCAUAUUCAUUGGCAACAUGAGAAAAGGUAUUGAUGUAAUCUCUCCAGUACAAAGAACAAGUGUAAUGACAUUACAGAGUCCACAAUUGCCUGCAAUUCCCUGGAGAUUUGAUGCACAUCCAUAUGAAGUUGGGAUGUUAGCAGCAGCCACCAAUGGGAGUGGAGUUUGCCUGUGGACACCAUGAUAGAAAAAUCUGUGCUUUGCAAUUUCUACCCAGUGUUUUUGUCUCAACUUGUUAGCCGACUUUAUCAUAAUAUAUAUGAUUUUCUUUUGGGUUUGCGGAGGGGAAUGACGACAGCGGGGUUUGAACCCUGAUUUUUGGAUGCCAACAAGGAACUUAACUACUCUUAUGUUGUUGGCAAUAUAUCUGAUUCUUGUAUCUUUUUUGUUAUCGACAACAGUAUGCUAGAUUUUGUGAAGGGGACCAAAAAGCAAAGUUAAGCAUAGGAUUUGGAAUGCAUUUCUUAAUUCCUAAUUAGUUUAGGCUUUAGAAAUAUAUUGGAAUUUCAACCAUUAUCAUGAAUGAAAAAUAUACUUAGAUGGUAAUAACAA